AUGGCUAUCGAAGUUGACGCUAAUUUUUAUGAAGAUAGAAAUUAUAAGAUGAAACUGGAUGGAGAUUUACAUUCAGAAUAUGAAGAAAUGACCGAAGAACCUAGAGAUAUUGAACUUUCCGACGAGCAAGAUUCAGAUGAAGAUACGGACACAGAACCGAGAAAGCUUCGAACGAAGCAAGUCAAAUUUGCUUCAUCAGCCUUGGUCCCUGCACAGCCGCCGGAGUACAUGGAUGAUGAAUUUGGUUUAUCUGGACCUUCAGACAGGGAAUUUGAUGAUGACGAUGAUGACGAUAAUCACGCCGAGGUUUGUUUAAAAUAUCACACCGUUUUCUCUUAG